CACACUAUAUUUGCUUUAUAAACUUUCGUGCGGCCACAUUUUUCAGCCGUGUUGUCAUGUGUCCAUACCUUGUGCUGACCAGGAUCUCCAGCGACUCCUGUAAAGGUGUCCUCUCCUGUAAAGGUCUUCCUUUCUGAAGAGACCAUGAGAGAUGCCUGGGUGUUCUAAUCUCAGAAACGGCCUGAUUGUUACCAAACUCCUUAUUAACUAUUCAUAGUGGACACAGGUGCCAAAUGGGGCUCUGUGUGUCCAUCUUAUCUUUGGUAGGAGGACAGUAGGUGUCAAUGUUGAGAGAAGAAAAGAAACUAAGACAGAGGAAUGGAUUGAGUUCAGACAAAACAGAAGAAGAGUAGCACUGCUGCACGGUGGAUUGUUUGAGCAUUGAGCCCAUUCAGAGGAAGAUAAACUGGAUUUUGGAGUAAUUCAAGCAUUUGUGGAGCUACUUUCAUGGUGUCAACUAUCGGGGGAAAGUAAACCAAUGAGAAAUACAGACCUAUUUUUUUUUUUUUUUUUUUUUUGGUCAACAUGGACACUCCAAACCUCCCCGUGGCCAGGUUUGAUGUGGAUGUCGACCUCGGUUUUGCCCUCUUCUUCUUCUUCCUGCUCUGCUUCUUCCUGUUGGUGACCAUAGUCCGCUGUGCUCAGAUGGUGCUAGACCCUUACAGCUCAAUCUCUGUCAGUAUAUACCAGGAGGAGCAAUCAGAAGAAUGACAGACCUACACAUUACACAGUAGAGGCAUUUUUUUCUACAAAAGGAGCGAUGCCACUUGUUUAAACUCUUCAAACGGGAUAACAAAAAUGAGUAGCCAGAAGAUUAUUCUGAGGCUUCUCUCGUAUGACUGAGUCCGUCUGGUUGAGUUGCGUGUGAGUGUUUAAAACAAGUUUCUAACUAUAUAAAACAACAAAAGCUAUCUACCUGCAGCAUCCAACGACUUACAAUCAGAGUAUAUGUAUGUUGUCUAUGCCUAUAAAUAAUAGAAGGUAUGCAUGUUUAAAAAUAUGAUUAGACACAGUUGGAAGAGUCCUCAAAGAGAUGGCAUGUGACACAAAUGAUGUUUACAUGUGUGCCGUAUAAUCUAGGCAUGAUUUAGAUGGUUAGUUUUUCAUUUAUAUCCCACAAUGCAAAGUGGUCAAACAUCAGCAUUCCUUUAGCAUCAGAAAGGACAUUUGAGCUUGGCAAUUUGGGCAUUGGCAUUGUACUAUGACGUGUAAUAUGUUCAUGAUUUUUUAAAUCAAACAAAUGUUUCCAUCCAGGUAGACCUUUCUGGUGUGAUAAAUAUAAAGGCCUGCGGGUCCAUAUAUUAAAACAGUCAGCUAUUGAAAACCAGAAUAAAGUAGUAUUUAUACAGUAAAAUUUAAUAUAAAGUAUUGGCUUAGAAUAUGCUCUCCCUUCUACGCUAAUGCAGCACAGAUGUUUCAGAGUUCUCAAUGGUGGAACAAUGAUCCAAAACACAUGUUCUGCCCUUUUCCCUAAAUUCUGUGACAGAAUGUUUUGAAGCUUUUCCACAAACUUUCAUGCAAUUUGCUUUGUUAUUGAACAAAUGAAAUAAAGCAUGUGUUGGUAAUUCAUCAGUAGCAGAAUAAGAAGAGUCAAGAAAAAAACAAGGAGAGAUUGUUUCUGUGUGCCCUGAAUCCUCCUUUUAGGAAGUGGUUCUCCAAGUGAAUACAAAUAAGUUAAAACUCCUGGACGGGAAUAACAUAAGAAGUUGCAGCAUGACUCAAAAUAAGAGUCAGAACUGCGUUGAAACACAUUGUUUUUAAGUCAUAUGUGAAUUUUCUAUUCACAAGGUCUUAUGCAUUUACAUGAAAAUCUGUCAGCCUAAAUCCAAUUACUUGAAAUACUGUUAUAAUAUUUUAAAUAAUAUUGAGUUUUCUUUGAGUGUUUCUUUUUGCUUACAUAAGUGUUAUAGUUUGGUUUCAUAGCCUGCAUUUAACAUUUUUAAACUGUGAAAUUAUACCUAAUGCUCCUAUAAAAGAAUGAAUCAUUGUAAAUUUACCAUCCAUACCAUCCCUCUUGGUAUCAUUCAGAAACUCCAUAAUUAACUUCAAAUAGUUGCUGGUUAAUCUCACUUGGGGUAUUUUAGUGGCAUGUGGAAGAUCGACCUAAUUUAUUCUCAAAUUAUUAAAUCCAUCUCUGGAAACAGUUUAAUGACGCAUUUUAUAAGUUCCUGGAGUUAAGUAUUUAUCAGAAUAUUUAUAUAAACUGUGUUUAAAAGGGGCAAUUUGUUUAUUAAUGUCGCUAGUUAAUCUUGAUUAAGUUUCAGAUGCAGUUUUGUAGAACCUGAUUUAG